UUAUCAGUAGAUUGAUUACUAGAACUUAGCCAUGUGCUUGGCGCUUAUUAGUAAACGGCGUUUACCUACACAAUUGUGAAUGUUUGGAAAUGUUUGCGUAAAAUAAUUAAAUACAAACAUUUUUCCUCGAGAAAUGGAUAGUCCAUUAAUAUAUAAUCUGAGUUGUGGAAAAUCAUUACCAGAAUGGCUUUCAGAAAGAAAAAGAAGAACACUUUUAAAGAAAAAUCCUGAAUUGAAAAGAAGAAUUGAAUUAAUACAAGACUUUGAUAUGCCUGGUCUUAGUACAACAGUAAAAGUAACAAAAGAUGAUCAAUACAUAUUAGCUACUGGUAUUUAUAAGCCUAGAAUUAAGUGUUAUGAUGUCAGUAAUUUAGCCAUGAAAUUUGAAAGAUGCUUCGAUUCUGAAGCUGUUACCUUUGAAAUUCUCUCCAAUGAUUAUAGCAAACUGGUGAUAUUACAAUGUGACCGUUAUGUUGAAUUUCAUUCUCAAGAAGGACGCUAUUAUAGAUUACGUAUUCCAAAAUUUGGUCGUGAUAUGAAGUAUCAUUAUCCUACAUGUGACUUAUAUAUUGGAGGAAGCAGUUCUGAUAUUUAUAGAUUAAAUUUAGAUAGAGGACAAUUUUUAAAUCCAUUUGUAUCAAGUGCUGGUGAUGAAAUAAAUAAAUUAGCCAUAAACCCUCUACAUAAUAUGUUUAUAACUGGUACCAAGGAAGGGAAGGUUGAAGCAUGGGAUCCAAGAGCUCAUGUCAGUAUUGGUGUUCUAGAUUGUGCUCUUAACUCUGUCACUAAUGACACAAAUAUUGCUUCUGAUGGAUUUCCUUCUGUAACUGCAUUGGAAUUUGAAAAUGCAUUAACAUUAGGUGUUGGUACUGCUACUGGUCAAAUACUUUUAUAUGACAUUCGUUCUAAUAAGCCUUUUAGGGUUAAAGAUCACUUAUUUGGAUUACCUAUUAGAGAUAUUGCGUUCCAAGAGGACAAUGUAUUAUCUAUGGACUCGUCAUCGGUGAAAAUUUGGAAUAAAAACACAGGAAAACUAUUUGCUGCCUUGGAAUCUGGUAAUGAUACUCAAUUCAAUAAUCUUUGUGUUGUUCCAAAAACUGGAAUGUUGUUCAUUGCUAAUGAAAAUACAAAAAUUCAAACACAUUACAUACCGAGCUUAGGUCCAGCUCCAAGAUGGUGUGGAUUCUUAGAUGCUUUGGUAGAGGAAUUAGAAGAAACAAAAAAAGAAACUGUAUAUGAUGAUUAUAAAUUUGUGACUCGAAAUGAACUUGAAGAACUGGGCCUAUCACAUUUAAUAGGAACAAACUUAUUAAAAGCUUAUAUGCAUGGAUAUUUUGUGGAUAUCAGGCUAUAUAGAAAAGCCAAAUCUGUUGCUGAACCAUUUGCUUUUGAAGAGUACCGAAGAAAAAAGAUUCGAGAAAAAAUUGAAUCUGAAAGAACUAAUCGUGUACAAGUUCAGAAAUUACCCGCUGUGAACAAAGAACUUGCAUUGAAAUUAAUUAAUGAUGAAAAAGAAGGAAAGAAAAAGAGUAAAUCUAAAAAUAGCGUUAGCUUAUUAAAAGAUGAUAGGUUUAAAGCAUUGUUUGAAAAUCCUGCAUUCCAAGUUGAUACAAAUGCUGAAGAAUAUAAAUUACUGAAUCCAGUUUUGAAGCGAUUGGAUAAAUCAAAACAAAAAGAACUUGAAUCACAAAUUCAAAAACAAUUUGAACAAGUUGAAGAUGAAAUUGAAGGUAAACCAAGUUCUGAAGAAAGUAGUGAUGAAUAUAGUUCAGAUGAUGACCAAAAAUGGACUAAGGAAUUGAAGUCUGAGUAUAGGUCAGCUAAAAGAAGAAGAAUUGCCUCUGAACGCCAAGAACGAAAAAACACUGAAAAAGAAAGUAAUUAUGACAAUGAUAGUGAUGAUGAUUCAAGUAUACGCAGUGAACCUACAGUUAAACCACCAAAAUUCUAUGAAAUUAAAGAAGGAGAAGAAUUUAUUGGAUCAAAUAAUAAUUGUGUAAAUUCUAUUCAAAACUCUAGUGCUACUCUGGGUGAAAGAAUAGAUCUUGAAAAUUUCCAUUCAGUCAAAAUGCUUUCAAGUGGAAAUCGACAGUUGACAUUUUCUACUCAAAAGGAAAAAAAAUAUCAAAAGGCUGAUUUACAAGCAGAGAAACACAAAAAAGAACGACAAAAUAUAAUUAGAAAAGGUCCUAAAAACCUUCGCAAGCCUAAAUUUUAUGCUGGUCCUAAAAAUAAAACUUUUUAUAAAAAAAGAAAAUAAUUUAAUUUUGUGAUAAUUUAUUGCACAUGUAUUUAAAACA